AUGGGCGGGGUGGAAGUCCCUAGUUUAGUGGACACUGGUUCCAUGGUGACCACUAUUUCAGAGAGCUUUUUCCGCCGGCAUUUUGAGCCUUGGGGUCAGGAGCGCCUCCGCUCAUGUCACUGGUUACAGCUGAGAGCUGCUAACGGCUUAGCAAUUCCUUACAUUGGUUACUUGGAGCUUGAGGUAAAACUCUGUGGUAAAGUGAUGCCCCGGUGUGGUGUGUUAGUUGUAAGGGACCCCCCUGGUGGUGUGCCAGCUCGAGUGCCUGGUGUGUUGGGGAUGAAUGUCAUUCGCAAAUGCUACUUUGAGCUCUUUGGACAGCAUGGUUUGGCUUUGUUCUUCCAGCCUUGUGUCUCGGAGGCUCCGGGGCCUGUUGUGCAGGCCUUGCAGCGGUGCCAUCGUGCCACUAUUGCAGCACCGCAGGACAGCUCAGGGAGGGUGAAGGUUAGGGGUAAGAAAGCUUGGCGCAUCCCCGGUGGUGUCAUGAAGAUUGUGGCUGCCACCUGCUCUGCACAGUUUUCAGGCUCAACCGUGCUGUUUGAGCCUCUGGACUCUGGUCUGCCUGCGGGGUUGCUUGCCUCUCCCUCCCUGGUUCGGGUCAUCAGGGGCACAGCCUACAUACCAGUGGUUAAUGUCGGGUCGGUGGAUGUGGUGUUGUAUCCCCGCACGGUAGUUGGCACAUUGGACACUGUUAAUGUUGUCAGCCUCCCAUCUGGAGUCACUGAGGUGCCAACCGGGGCAGCUACCAUGUCAUCCCAGACGGUCUCGGCCACUGUAUCACAGCAGAUGGGGGAUAUGGACCUGUCGGCUCUUUCUGCCGAGCAACAGGAUCAGGUGAAAGCUCUCCUUGGUCAGUACUCCAGUGUCUUUGCAGCUCACGAUGGGGAUCUGGGUUGUACAAACCUGAUCUCCCACGAUAUCCCCUUGGUUGAUGAUGCUCCUGUCAGGCAACGUUAUAGGCGUAUCCCCCCCUCAGAGUAUGAGGCUGUUAAGGAGCACAUAAACCAGCUGUUGUCAACACAGGUGAUUCGAGAGAGUAGCAGUCCCUAUGCCUCCCCCAUCGUGCUGGUGAGAAAAAAAGAUGGUAGUCUCCGCAUGUGCGUUGACUAUCGGCAACUCAACAGUAAGACCAGAAAAGAUGCCUUUCCUCUACCACGCAUUGAUGAGUUCCUCGAUGCGUUGUCCGGUGCAUGCUGGUUUUCUACUCUGGAUCUGGCCAGCGGUUACAAUCAGGUGCCAGUGACAGAGGCAGACCGCCCAAAGACUGCAUUCUGCACACCAUUUGGUCUGUUUGAAUGGAACAGAAUGCCAUUUGGUCUUUGUAACGCCCCCAGUACCUUUCAGAGGUUGAUGCAGCGCAUUUUUGGGGAUCAGCAGUGCCAGUCACUGCUGCUAUACCUUGACGACAUUGUGGUUUUCUCUUCUUCAGUGGAACAACAUUUAGAGAGGCUAAGGGUGGUACUCGGUCGGCUUCAGGCUGAAGGCCUCAAGGCCAAGCUUAGCAAGUGCGCUUUCUUUCAGAAAGAAGUCCACUAUUUGGGUCAUGUGAUUUCCGGUCAGGGUGUCUCCACGGACCAAGGUAAGAUUGAGGUUGUAGCCAAUUGGCCCGUCCCCACAACAGUCUCUGAGCUGCGGUCGUUCCUGGGCUUCGCCAGUUACUAUCGGCGUUUUGUAGAGGGCUUCGCCAAGCUUGCUGCCCCUCUGCACAAAACAGUGGCUGAGUUUGGUCGCACUCAGGCUAGUAGGGCAUCAGAGCGUGGGGUUAUCAAGUGCUGGACUGAUGAAUGUCAACAGAGUUUCCAGGCACUGAAGACAAAGCUCACAACUGCCCCUGUGCUCGCUUAUGCAGACUUUUCCCUCCCCUUCAUUUUGGAGGUAGAUGCAAGCUAUGGUGGUUUGGGUGCCGUGCUCUCCCAGGAGCAAGCCGGUAAAGUAAGGCCCAUUGCUUACGCCAGCCGCGGUUUGAGGCCCACUGAGAGGAACAUGCAGAACUACAGUUCCAUGAAACUUGAGUUCCUGGCCCUUAAGUGGGCCAUGACCGAGAAGUUCAGGGAGUAUUUGUUGGGUCACAAAUGCGUUGUCUAUACAGACAACAACCCCCUGAGUCAUCUGUCCUCAGCCAAGCUGGGUGCUACUGAGCAGCGCUGGGCCGCCCAGCUUGCGUCGUUCGACUUCGAGAUCAAGUACCGGACAGGGAGAAGUAACAGAAAUGCUGAUGCACUUUCUCGUCAGCACCCCCCUGGUCCCCAGAUUGUGGAAGUAAUGCUCCCUGGUACUGCUGUGCCCCAGCCUUUGCAGCAAGCUUUAGGGUUGAAGGUCGAGGUAAGCACAGCCACUAUCGUGGCCUUACCACAGCACACCUCCCCUGAGAUUUGUGCUCUCCAACAGUCUGACCCUGUCAUCCACCCACUGCUGGUGUUUUGGGGACAGAAGCAGCGGCCCAGUCCGGAGGAGCAGGUUCAGUUGUCCCGGCCUACAUUGGCUCUGUUGCGGCAGUGGGACCGACUGGUUGAAAAGGAUGGAGUCCUUUAUCGCCAGGUGUUUUGGUCAGACGGGGCGGAAGCUGUGCUCCAGCUGUUGUUGCCAGGUGCGAUGGUGAGUGAGGUGUUGACCAAGGUCCACCAAGAGCAUGGGCAUCAGGGAGUAGAGCGCACGCUGGCGCUCCUCCGGUCUCGAUGCUACUGGCCUGGCAUGUCCGCUGACGUGGCCAAAUGGUGCCAGGAGUGCGAGAGAUGUCAGGUUGCUAAAGAUGUUCACCCAACAGCUCACAGCUACAUGGGACAUCUUUUAGCUUCACGCCCCAAUGAAAUCCUGGCCAUUGACUACACCACUUUGGAGCCUGCACAAAGUGGUGUGGAGAAUGUCUUGGUGAUGACUGACGUCUUCAGUAAAUACACAAUAGCUGUCCCUACCAGAGACCAGCGCGCCCCCACAGUGGCUAGGGUGCUUGUGUCCGAAUGGUUCUUUAAGUUUGGAGUUCCAGCUCGCUUACAUUCUGACCAAGGCCGUAACUUUGAAAGCUUGCUUAUUCAGCAGCUUUGUGGCUUGUACGGUAUUGUGAAGACACGUACUACCCCUUACCAUCCGGCUGGGAAUGGACAGUGUGAGCGGUUCAACCGCACACUCCAUAACCUGCUGCGCACCUUGCCGCUAUCUCGGAAGAGAGACUGGAACUCGUGCUUGCCUCAAGUGUUGUAUUGUUACAACACCACUCCCCAUCAGGCUACUGGAGAGAGCCCCUUCUUCCUGAUGUUCGGCCAGGAACCCAGGUUACCAGUAGACUUCCUGUUAGGUAGGGUUGAGAGCCCUGUUGGCGGCACGGUUCACGAGUGGGUCCAGGAGCACCAGGCUCGGUUGCAGGUGGCCUUGGAAGGUGCAAGGGAGCGCUUGCAGCAUGCAGCAGACCGCAGGAAGGAAGGGCCACCUUCUGAGGAUAGCUGCUCUUUUGACUAUGAUCUGGUAGCUUUUGGGCCACAGCCUUCUGCGGGUUCUUCUGCCCCACUCCCUACUGGAGCAACUGCUCUGACCCAGUCCUUACCCCAAGCGCCAGCUCUACCUGCCUCCGUUCCCCCUGAGGGUAAUAUGCCAGGGACCUCUUCUGCAGGUGUAUUGUUACCUCUAGCCCCACCUGGUGGGGCCUCUAUUUCUCACAUUGGCUCCCCGGCCAGUCAUGCUGGUCCCAGCCAUGAGGCACCACGUCGGACAGCAAGGUCCACUGCUGGACAUCACACUAAUGUUCAUCGCCUCCCACGUCCAGUGAAAUUGCUGCUGGCCAGUGGUGGUGUUGGUGUCCUAGUGGUGGUGGUGUCGUCCCGUUUUUGGUGUGCUGUGUCUCGGGAUUCCUCCUCCAGACCAGCUAUGCCCUCAACAUCAUCAGAGGAGCCUUCAGAUGAAGAGCUCGUCAAGGCGGUGGGAUGGGCCAAGUUAGGUCUGGAAGUUUCAGGAGAUGGAGAGCAGGCAGGCUUCUCUGCUCGUGAUACGGUCAGAGUUACCGUGUCCUCAAAAAGGGGGCGCCUUCUGCGGGACAGCCCUGGAGAAACAAACCAGGAGUGGAUACAGCGCCUUGGGCUGAAUUACCUCUCCCUGGAGGAUGAUGACGAGGAGGAGGAGACCUCAGUUUACAGGCCUCUCAUCUGCAGAUCUAAGCCACAGGACAAGUCAGUGCAGUGCUGGACUGAAGAGGCCACACUAUUCUUACAGGACUGUUUUGAGGACACCAUGCGGGAUUUCUUUGAACAACCAGACAUUGAGUGCCACACUUUCACUGUACUGUCAUACAUCAGCUUCUGCAUGGACAAUAACAUCACAGACUACAAGCAACGCCACAAGACCCGCUCCCCUGCUGACACCUCUCUACUGGACCAACUCAACACCUUUUUCUCACACUUUGAAGAAGACAACAGCAGACAGGCAGAGGACACACUUCUAACACCAUCAGAACAUGACCAGCCCCCCACACUCAAACAACAUCAGGUACUGCGGGUCCUGCGUGGCAUCGACAUCAGCAAAGCACCAAGACCGGAUUGA